AUGGCGGACGCCGGCAAAGUUCGAGUUCUGCACCUCCUGUGCAAGCACUCCAAGUCGCGAAACCCCGUGUCGAGGCGCACUGGAGCCUCCACGGCAGGAGUCGGGGUGGACAGCGCUCACACCGAGCUAACGGCCAUCAUCGGCAAGCUCAAAGACCUCUCUGGCCAGGCUCUCGUCGAUGCUUUCGCAAAGGAAGCCCAGGCACGCAGUGACUGCGGCUCCUACGCCCAGGGAGGCGACCUGGGCUUCUUCGGCAAAGGGGAGAUGCAGAAGCCCUUCGAGGCGCUAAGAGAGGGAACGGUUGCGGUUCCUACUUGCUGCGAGUAA